UUAGGUAAACAUUGGGAUCGAUCGUUCUUAAUUGCAUUUCCAGUUCGUCGCCGCGACGAUGGCGUGGAGUUUCCUCGUCUAAUUUGACACGAACAGAUGAAUACUGCAGAAGUUUGUAAUCGAUUGUUCAUGUGACGAUGAUCGCCGUAGCCAUUUCCGUUCCCCAUCGCGAGGGAGCCCUUUCGCUUCUCUGAGGUUCGGCCCCAAGAUCGAGAGGAGGGUUUGCGGCUUGUCUCGACGCUCCUCCGCAGUGAGUCUGUCAAGAGCAAUGGGAUUGCCGGCCAUGGCUGCUAAUGAAGGCAUACAAUUAUGUGUUUUUGACUCGAGAAGGGGACAUCAGGAGGGCCAAGAACUUGACAAGAUUUUGUUCUUUUUUCCUUCAGAUUUCCCUUACUCUGUGCAGCUAUCUGUUGUAGGACUUUCAGAAGGACUAAUUACUUUCACAAGAAUAUUUUCUCCUGAUGCUGCUUGUGAGGUCAUCGAAGAGGAGCGACAUUCCCAUGUGUUCUAUCAAGCUGAGCCAGAUAUAUGGAUGGUUAUGAUAGUGGAGAAGAAUAAAGAUAAUGAAUCUGAUUGGCGUUGUGAUGCCUUAAUAGACGUACUCAAGGAAGCACAUUCUCUUUUCACGAUGUUCAAUGGUUCUUUGCAAGCUUUACUUGAUAAACAACCCAGUGGUGAACUUGCACGCAGCCGUUUGUAUACAUUUAUCAAUGACUAUCUUUCAGAUUUUUAUGUUGGCAAAAAGAUUCAAGUGCCAUCUUUUCGUGACUGUCUCAAGGAAAGAAGAACUGUUCAAAUGCUGACUGUCUCUCGUGAAGUGGCGAUCGAAGUUCAGUCACUUGCCACAGUUAUAGGAACUUCAAGUUUAGGAAGCAUAGCGUGCAAGUCACUUAUAUUGUUUCAAGAUCUGCUGGUGGCCACAACACUUUCUCCUGGUGACACAGCAAACAUGUUUACUUAUGCUGUUCUAAGGUUAACUCCUCAUGCUUUAUCCUCCAACACAAGUUCUUGGACCUAUUUAAGGAGGGGAGUUUCUGGUUCAAGUAUUACUGCAAGCUCUGGUUUGCUAAAUUCUAGAUCUUCACCAGAAGAGUAUCAUCAUGGAUCUCAUGAUUCUUCUAUGGGAGAACAAAGUAACAGAUAUCACAUGCCAAGGCCUCUACAACGUGACAAUUGGUCUAAAGGAAAGGAUGGUUUUCUUGUCUGUGAUAUUCAGCUUAAUGUUGGUGGUUUAGUUUAUCUAGCACCAGUAGUUUGGCUUCAGCAGAGUGAAGAGCACAUGUAUCUUUGUAUCUACCAGCAUCGAAAUCUCACGAUUAUAGUCCUAAUUCCCGUAUGUUCGCAGACAGAUGGAGAGCAGGGGAUAGCUCUGGUCAAAAAACAGCUUCUUGAAAAUGCAUCAGAAAAGAUUGUACAUGUCGAAGAGAAACUAUCCAGAGGAUGGGGUGGUGAAAAUGCUUACCAUGUCAGUGGUUACCGCUACUUAUUGGUUGACACUGACAAGAGCAUAUCAAGGACUUCUCCACCAGGGAAAGUGAUGACUCUUGCAAAAGACUCAUUAUUUACCCUCAACAAACUAAGAGAAGAGGUUGAUCUAGAAAAAACAAGAGCAAACAGAGAAAAGCCAGACCAAGAAAAAAAUCUGGAAAUAUGCAUUAGAGCUAAAAACAAUUCAUGGAUAAUUGCUAAGAUAACACAAGGGAGAGAGCUGUACAUGGUUAUGGAGAAGGCAAAUGAGACUCUUCUUUAUGCAUCCGAUGCUGUGGAGAAGUUCAGCGACAGGUAUUGUGAUGGAGCAUUUUCGCUGGACUAGCCGAAUGGCAAGGCUUAACAGGCACAAAGAAACUCAGCAUAACCCUCCAUAUCCCGGCAUUCCAUUACAACUGGGGUUUCAUGAUCCCAUCCCUGGCCACAGGUCAAACAUGAUCCCUUGGUUUUGAUAGCCUACUUUUGGUUAGAUUUAUAAAGUUAGAGGUCUAGUUUUCAGGUUUUAAUAAUAAUAAUUGUUUGGUGUUGAUAUUUAGGAUAAGGGAGUGUGGAAUGCUUGGCAAUGAUUGAUACACACAAUAUGAUGAUUUUUUCUCCUGUGAUAAUGAUGCAUGCCAACCGAGGGAAAUAAUCAAUGACAGAUUAAGUGUUGUAUA